AUGAAAAAAUAUGAAGUAGUAGUCAAUAAUGGCUUGUUCAGAUUUGAAUAUGAGCCUAAAUCUCACUCUGCAAAUAUUAAUGAUGUGAUUCAAUUCAUUAACUAAUAAAAAGGAUUUCCUGCAAAAUCUUAAUUAUAUAUCAUAGUUGAUAAUAAUAUUAAAGAUACAAAAUUUGAUUUAAAGGAUGCCAAAACUAAUAUUAUAAAUAUAAAAUUUUCAGAUAUAAUAGAAACAUUCACUAUAUAACACAUUAAUAAAGAUGAAAAAUAUAAAUUAGUUUUAGAAAAAGUUGAUACUUGUUAAUAAUUAAUAGAAAUAGAAAAGAAGAUUGCAAAUUUAAUAAAAUGUGAAGAGUACCCAAUUAAAAUCCUGAAGAAAAAUCAAUUUUUUGAUAGAAAUCUAUUACUAUGUCAAAUAUUCAUUUAUUAAUAAGAAAUAUAUUACCAUGUCUUAGCAAUGUUUAUUAUUUAAUAUAAAGAUAAACGAUAAUUGUUUUAGAUUGAUGCAUUCUCACAUUUUGAUAAAAUAAAGUAAAAAAUUAGAUAAAAAUUUGGUAUUGAUGAAGAAAUUGAGUUAUAUUUCAGAGGUCGUUUAUUGGAAGAGUAAUAGACAUAUUAAUUUUAUAAAAUUCAUUAGAAUGCUGAAUUAGAGUUAAGAGUAAAAAGUAUGUAGAAGAUAUAAAUUCUGUAUUAGGAGAAAAUUUAUGAAUUUAAUUUAUCUGUUAAUCUUACAAUAGAAGAUAUAAUUAAAUAUAAUAAGUAAUUUGAUUAAAUACAUUAAAAUCAAGUUCUAUAAAUUCAUUAUAAUAAUUAAUGUUUAGAAAAUAAUAUAAGAAUUGGUGAUUUAGAUUUAUCAAAUGAUAUUUUAUUUAUAAUGACAAAUAAAAUAUAAGAAAAGUUUUUAUUGAUUAAAUUUGUAAAUAAAGAAUAAUAAUAAUAAAAUUAUCAAUUUCGUGUAUCAAAUUUAGAGUAUUUUUAAAUUAUUUAUGAUAAAUAUCCUUUUAAAGGAAAGAUAUUUGAAUUUUAUGUUAAUGAUAUUAAAUUAGCAAUCAAUGAUAAAUUAAUGUUUAAUGAUAUAUAAUUUAAAGAUGAUAAUAAUUAUUUAAUUUAGUAUUAGUUGAUAUUGAAUUAUCAAAUAAUUAAUGUCACUUUUUAAGAUGAAGAAGGUAAUGUCUUAAAAAUUUAAGUGAAAUCAGAAGAUAUUAUCUAUGAUGAAAUAAUGAAGAAUUUGAAUAAUGAAAAUGCUAGAAUUAAGGCAUAUAAAAAAGGUUAAUUGAUUGAUUUAAAUGGCACUUAUAAAUCAGAAGAAAUUUAGGAUGGUGAUAUAAUAAAUUAUUAUUUUGCAGAAAUUACUAUAUAAUUUAUGAUUUGGUUUAGAGAUCAACAUUAAAUAUAAGAAAUAAAUGUUAAUUAUUUAGAUAGAAUUAAAGAUUUAAAAGAGAAAAUAAUAAAUUAACAUAAAAUAACUGAUGAAUGCAAAAUUUUAUUAGAUGGAGAUAUAUUAAAUGAUGAUGUCUGCUUAAAAAAUUUUAAAUAGAAUACAAUAUUUAGAAUAAGUAAGAUAUUUCAUUUUAAGAUUGAAUUACUUUUGGAUAAUAAUAUAGAACAAUCAGAAUGUAGAUUUUAUGAAACAGAUAAAAUAUCAUAAAUCAAGUAUUAAUAUAGAGAGAUAUUUUGGGAUGAAGUUUGUAUUUAGGUUGAUAAUAAAGAAGAUUUAGAUGAUAAUGAUGAAUUAUCAGAUUACAUAAAUAAGGUGCUCAGAAUCUCAAAAAAGAAUAUAAAUGUUAGAUAUAAAUUUGAUGGCACUUAAAUUGUCUAUUAGGACAAAUAUUCUAAAUUAAUUACUUUAGGAGAGAUGUUGAAAAUAAUAGCUAAUAGAUAAUCUAGAUGUUAUAUUUGUAAUAAUUUAAUGGAUGAAAAUAUUAAAUUAGAUGAUCUAAAUUUAGAUCCAAAUACAGAAAUUACAAUAUAAUGUACUAGUAGAGCAUAAUUUAUUGAAUUCAAUAAUAAUCUUAAUAAGUUUGAUAUAGAUUUCUAUCCUGAAGAUAUAAUUGGUCAAGCUAUUAAGAAUCAUAUUAAAGGAAAGUUUAUAAUUUAAUAAGAUAAUAAGGAGUUAAACCUUUAAAAAUCUUUUCAAAGUGAAAACAUAUAAAAUGGUGCUGAAUUAAUUAUUAUUUUUUUAGUAACAAUUAAAUUUAAGGAUUUUGAAACAAAAGAAUUAUUGUUUUCACAAACUUAUAAAGGUAAUAUGAAAAUUAGCUAGAUUCUUAAUUAGAAAAAUUUUAAUAAAGCAAGAGUUUAUUAUUUAGAGAAGGAAAUCAAUUAAGAUAAAACAUUAGCAGAAUUAGGUGUAAUAGAUUAUUCAGAAUUAAAUAUUGAAGUUUUAGAGAAUAUAUUAAUAUUACAUUUAGAUGAUAAGAUAACAAAGAUUAUUAUUAAUUCAAAUAUAACCAUUUAAACUCUAAAGUAAUAACAAAAUCUAAAUAAUGAAAAUUAUUAAAUUUAUGCUAUACAUGAUUAAACAUAAGUUUUAUCAAAUGAUAUUAUUUUAAAAACUUUACUUGAUGAAAACAAUGAGAUUGAACUAAUAUAUAAAAUGAAUAAUUCUUAUAUCUAAAUUCAUUUAAUAGAUAAUGAAGAUAGAUAAUAUACUGAAAAUGUUUAAUUGAAUUAAUAGGUUAAAACAUUCAUCAAUGAAUUAAAAAUUAAAUACAAUUUGGAUGAAAAUCCACAAAUUUUUUAUGAAGGUGAAAUACUAGAUCAAGAAUAAUAUUUCUCAGAGUUAUAGAUUACUUAAGAUACCUUAUUUGAAAUUAUAAUAUGA